AUGGCCGGGUUCCGGGCGGUGGUGCUCGCCGCGGGCAUUGCCGACCAGGUCAUGGCGUGCGCCGGCACUCCCCCGCCAGGCCGGAGAACGGUGUGCUCCAGCUCGGGUUUGGAAGAUGGGGGAGGCCGCCACCGCAGGCUAUGCUCUGCCACAGUGGAGUACGAGUUGGAAGGUUUCGAGUUCUUCACGAUCAUACUUGAGAAUUCCUCCAAGAGGCAGAGGCUUCCUGACACUUUUAUGGAGAUGUUGGACGGCCAUCGGCCAAAGAAUGUGACGCUGCGACAGGCCGACAGCGGGCUUCACAGGCAUUGGGAUGUGGAGGUGGUGAUCAGGAAGGACCACAUGUACCUGUGUCGUGGCUGGGAGCAGUUCGUCCGUGCCUACGACCUGAGACAUGGGUACUUCCUUAUCUUCAGGUACGGCGGGGACGCCAUGCUCACCAUGAAGGUGUUCAACACGACUAUGUGCCGCAUGCGCUACCAGGACGAUGACGAUGCCAGCAAUUGGAGCAGCGGCAGCGACUCUGGCUACAACACUAGCAGCAGCGAGUCUGACUACAGUGAAAGCAGCAGCGAGGAUGAUCCGAAUGUAGUGGGGAAGAAGAGGAGCAGAGUGGGGAUGAGGAGGAUGAUGAAGGAGAAGGAGAAUAAGGACGAGUGA